UAUUUUACAACAAAUGACUAUGGCUGCCAAUGCUUAUAAAACCCAAAGUGGCCUCCAAGAUAGAGUCAGGGCCGAAAUAAUUAUAGCAGGAUUUUCCAGUCAAAUUAAAGGAUGGUGGGAUUAUUAUCUUACUAGUCAGCAACAAGAAGAAAUUCUUUAUGAUAUUAAAACUCACGAAGAUGAUGUUCCCAUAUUUGAUCCUGAUGAAAAUCCACAACAAGAUGCAGUUGCUAGGUUAAUCCUUACGAUUUCAUUACAUUUCGUAGGAGAUCCAUCUCAUUUAAAAGACAAAAAUGUUGAGCUCCUUUCAAACCUUAGGUAUCGAAAACUUAGUGGUUUUCUCAAUUAUAAAAAUACCUUUCUCACAAGGGUAAUGCUCAAAGAAGACUCUAGCCAGCCUUUUUGGAAAGAAAAAUUCUUAGCAGGAUUACCAAACCUACUAGGCAAAAAGGUUAGGAACCGUAUUAGAGAAAUAUGCGGUAAACAAAUGAUUUCUUAUGAUGAUAUACCUACGGUCAACUUGUUA